AUGUCGGCUGUGAACGACGCGCGCCUCGUCGACCUUGAGGUCCGUCACGAGAUUGACUCUUGGAAGUUGAGAGGUGGCGGAUCCCGGUACUACGAGCAUGCGGUCUUCCACCGACUCCGGAAUCCCAAUUUGCGGCGGUUGCGAGCCCAGAGGUUGGACGGCUGCUCAAAAUACCUCCCGCGCCCUGUCUCACGAGGACUGCAGACCCUCGUGCACCCCCGAGGCAACCACACAUACCAGAGGGGUGAAUUCGGGUGGGUGGGCAACUACAUCGAGGCCUGCCCGAGCCUUUUAGACGUUUGCGUCGGGCUUUGCGGCUUGGUGCCGGACGGAAACGUGCGCUGCAAGUGCUGGGACCGCUGGAAGAACGAGUAUCGAGAGUUUGGGAUGGUCAAGUACGACUACGGCAAGUGUGCUCGACAUGCGAGGAAGAUCUCGAAGGCACAUCACCAACGCACCAAACGAACGCAGGUGGCGGCAAUGAGCAUCCUAGCUCUUUCCGGUUGUGUUCCACUCCCGCCAGAGCUGUGGGACAUGGUAGGCGAGCACCUCGAGGCGAACGGCACCAUGGACCUGCGGCAGUUCAGGCGAGCACGGGAGCUAGUGCCGCUGGCAAAUGUGUCUGAGCGUACUCGGGCAAUGGGCGGCCUCGAGGGUGAGGAGUUUGUGGACGCGCUCGAGGAGUGGCUGUCGGCUGAGGGGUUCUCGUAUGGCCUCGAGGGCGGGCAGACAGUGUAG